AGGACGGAUCUCGCCAUGAUUGGAGACAAAGUCGACCUCUCUUUUAGCAGCAGGUGGACUUUGAUACUUCAGCAGAAGCCUGGCAGAGUAUGUCAGCGCUGUACAGCUCUCAGCAGGAAGAUGAGCUCCACCGAGAUACGUUCUGUUUUUGUUAUCGUGACGGUGUUGUGUGUAACCAGUUUGGUCGUAGCAGGCCCAGUGGAAUUGAUCCCCCGUCAGACAGCAGCCAGACAACAGGGGGGCGCAGUUCUUUUUUACGUUGCCCACCAGGGCCCGCUGAGAGAUAUCCAGUUCGACCCAAUAGUCUUUAACCAGGUAUUGGUGAACCAGGGCUCCGCCUAUAACAAUGACACAGGUGUGUUCAUUGCACCAAUCGCUGGCAUCUACCAGUUUGUGUUUGCUGCCCAGCUCUGCCGCGGAGACAAAAACAACAUAUGGUACUUCAUGGUCAACAGGGACCGGAGGAUGCUCUGCCAUGCUCAGGUGUCUGGUGGUGACACAACCCUUAACACCUGCUACUUAAUAGAGGAACUGAAGAAAGGUGACCAAGUGUGGGUAAGGCAGAAUGUGGGGAGUUGCGCCUGGGCCAGCACUAUCUCCAAAACCAUCACCUUCUCCGGAGUCCUGCUGGCAAGUGAGGGUGUGUCCACGCUGGGAGGGAAGUAUGGCUCUGGCAACUCCUGUCCACCGUCCAGCCUGGGCCGCAACAUGGUGUCCAGCUCUGCAGGCCAGAGUGCCGCUGUGUCUAGUGUGGCCAUCACUCUGCUGCUCUGCUGUCUCAUUUGGAAUUAAUCAUGGCAAAUUCAUAAAUAUCUAUAAUAUACAGUAUGUGCAUAUGCUUUUAUUUUAUUCUGAUUUAUAUUUUUAAGGGUUCUAGCUUGACGACUUGCUGAAAACCAUCAAACUUACAGCACAGCAGUUUUUCUGCGAUUUCUGAGUAAAUCCAUUUAUCCAGUCAUCCCCAAAUUUGCCAUGCAGUCAAGUCAAGUCUUGACUUUUUUUGGUCAUUUUGACAUCCUACAGCCUACUUCAAAUGUUUGUGGUCCUGACAUAAUCAAAUACAAAGAACUGCAUAAAUGCAACAAAACUUAGUUAGCUGCAUUAAUUUAGUUUUGGGCACUAGGGGGCAGAGGAACAAGCUUAAAGACACAGCUCAGACAGCUUGUCAUUGCUAACAUGUUAGCGAAUACGCGCCUAAACAUCCAGCAACAAAGCAACAUUAGCAUUCAUUUGAAGUUGUGUUUCUUGCGAUGAUUGCAAGUCCAAUAUGCACUAUACUUAUACCAACUCCUGAGAAAGAUAUCAGGCUCUUUAGCUGCCAUUUGACUUCGUUUGCCAGCUAGUUGCUAACUAACUGGUGAAACUAGUUGAGAAUGAAAUUGACUAUCAAUCUAAUGUCUGUAUGUUAAACCUGAUAUGAAAAAAAAAAUAGCCUGUUUACACAUCCAGCAGACACAGAGCAACAUUAGCAUUCAUUUGAAGUCAUGUCUCUUGUUACCUGGUGAACUUAGUUCCAAUAUUCAAUCUCUUUUAUCUCUGUUUUGGUCACCACCAACAUGAGGGAAAUAUCUGUCUCUUUAGCUGCUAAAUGCUUGACUAUGUUCACCAACUAGUCGCUCACUGUCUCUCUGCUAUUUGGUGCCGGGCAGGUGAUAUACAGUGGGCUUAUCAAAGCUUUUUAUUUUUUUUGCCUAAAAUAGCUGCCUGUUGCUGGAAACAGAGUUCUGUAAAACAAACAAUAAGGUAAUUAAGCUAAAGAGCUCAUUAGAAAACCAAGAGCUGCAGCUAGGGUUAUCAAUUUUCUGAGUGUUAGUCACAACCCCUUUUACAUUAUGUAACGUCAUUUGAUUCAAUAAUAAUAUAAAGAUAUUGAUUAAUACAGGUUUAAUGUUUGGGUUUAAAAGCACCCUGAUAUUUUAGGUUUCUUAAAUUAAUUUCCUAUUUCAAUUACUGUAUUGAUGUUGCCUGUGUGCCUUUGUCAUUCAAAUCUUGGGUUAAAUGAAAUCGAAUUUGUUUCUCA